AUGAAGAUCCAGAAGGCACCGCCACUAUGCGCGACCGAUGACGAGGCACAUAUUCCUGUAAAGGAGGGGCGGAGGAGAAGUCGGAGCCCGUCGCGAGAGAGAAAGGUGGACAGGAGAAGUCCGGAGUAUAUAAUAAAGAGCGGGAUAGCGGGAGGUCUGGCAGGAUGCGCUGCCAAAACCGUAGUCGGUCCCCUCGACCGCGUCAAAAUCCUCCUCCAAACCCGUAAUCCUGCCUUUUUGAAGUACGCAGGUCACUGGUCAGGCCUACACCUCGCUCUCCGCGACAUAUACCGGGAAAAUGGCGUCCGCGGCCUCUUCAAGGGUCAUUCCGCCACCCUCCUCCGCAUCUUCCCCUAUGCAGGCAUCAAGUUCCUCGCCUAUGACCAAAUACGCGCCGUUUUCAUAAAGAACCAGGCGCAGGAAACACCUGGGCGGCGCUUCGUCAGCGGCAGCCUCGCAGGGAUGUUCUCCGUCUUCUUCACAUACCCCUUGGAAGUCAUACGGGUGCGACUAGCAUUCGAGACGAGCGCGGAUAAAAGGAGUACUCUAAGAGGAAUAUGCAAGAUGAUCUACAACGAGCACGGCGCGCCCACCACACACCACCCCACGAACCCACUCACCGCUGCCGCCGCCACAGUCGUAGAGAAGGGCGUUCCACAGACCGGUCUUGCAAACUUCUUUCGCGGGUUUACGCCCACGCUGCUAGGCAUGAUUCCGUAUGCGGGCGCAUCCUUCCUUGCUCACGACACCAUGAGCGACCUCCUCCGGCACCCGGCCAUAGCUCGUUACACCACGCUCCCGCACACAUCUCGCGCCGAGUCGGAAACCUCCACGUACAAGCCCGCGCAACUGCAGUACUGGGCUGAACUCAGCACGGGUGGUUUCGCCGGCUUUUUUUCGCAGACAGUGUCAUACCCAUUGGAAGUCAUACGGAGGAGAAUGCAGGUUGGAGGCGUGGUGGGUGAUGGACACAGACUUGGGAUUGCAGAGGUCGCUAGGAGGAUAUUUAUUGAGAAGGGGUGGAGAGGGUUCUUCGUGGGACUAACAAUUGGAUACGUGAAGGUGAUUCCAAUGUCAGCGACGAGCUUCCUGGUAUGGGAACGCGGGAAGUACUACCUGGGAAUAUGA